UUGCUCCCCUCUGUGCGUUUUCGAGAUCUUUGGGAGAGCUUGGUGUACGAUGGUGCAAUCCAGCAAACACUCUUGCGCUAUGCGCUCUCCAUUCUCCACUUUAGUGACCGCGGCGUCAACCCCAGCCUCGUGGCCUGGAACAAGACAAUCCUGCUUCACGGUCCUCCGGGUACCGGCAAGACCUCGCUAUGCAAGGCCUUGGCUCAAAAACUCUCCAUCCUCCUGAGCCCACGUUAUGUGCACGCCCGUCUGGUAGAGAUCAACAGCCAUUCCCUCUUUUCCAAAUGGUUUUCGGAGAGCGGCAAGCUCGUAACCCGACUGUUCGCUCAGGUUCGCGAGUUGGCGGCCAACGAGCAAACCUUGGUAAUCAUUCUCGUCGACGAGGUGGAGAGCUUGGCAGCGGCUCGCUCAGCCUCGGUCAACGGCUCAGAACCAAGUGAUGCCGUUCGAGUGGUCAAUGCACUGUUGACGCAAAUUGACCAGUUGUCCUAUUUUCCGAAUGUGAUGCUGUUGACCACCAGCAAUCUCGCCGGAGCAGUUGAUGUUGCCUUCGUGGAUCGAGCGGACCUCAAAAUUCACGUGGGGCCACCGUCUCUGGCCGCUCGAUACCGCAUUCUUCACUUGGCUUUGAGUGAGCUUGUGCGCAAAGGCAUUGUCAGUACAGCGCAACAGCUCGAC